GUUUGAAUUUCUCCCACACAUCCAGACUCCCCAUUCAUUCCCCGGCUGCCUCAUCUUUAAGUCGUUGGUCUUUGUUGAAAUUCAAUACACCACGCCACAAUUGUUGCCCACAAUCAUAAAAAUCCAUAAAUAUAUAUCUUCAUAGUCGAUCAGUUUGUGAUCACAACUCAAACAAUUCAAUCAUUUUGCAUCGUAACUAGAAAACAGAAAAGCAAAAGCACUUUUAUUAAAUUUUCACGACGUUGUCAUCAUGGAAGCCUAUUCUAGUUCUUUUUCCUCGUCCAACUCUUCAUACUUGACCCAAAACCCUGAUGAAUCCAAGGGGCUGAUGAAGCUAGUGUACCCUCUUCAGUCGCACAAUUCCUGGCUCCACUCCGUGAGGAAGCCAUCGGCGAAGCCCAGGAAGAAGGCACCGGUGGCACCGAUGCCACCAACACCGGCCAAAGUGUACAAAGUGGACGCUGUAAACUUCCGCGACGUGGUUCAGCAGCUCACAGGUGCACCCGAGCAGAAGCCCCAGCCACGUGAGCAACAGCUUCUUCAAAGCAACGUCGCACGUGCUGGCACUUCCCUCGGCGUUCCCAAUGUGCCCCAGAAGCAAAAUGAAGGAAGCGCAGACACGUGCACUAAAUGGUACCAGGACUUGGACUUUGGCAUGAAUUUGCUCUCACCAACUUCUUAUAGUACUUUCUUUUUCCUUCCUCUUUUGAGCCCAAGAGAUGUCACCAGUUUGGAAGCGGGGAAGGUUCUUUAGGACUUUUAUCACUAAUUUCUGCACACCAUAUGCUAUUCAUAUGUACUUCUAUUCCAUUAUCUACUUUAUUUUUAUUUUUUUGUUGUUACUGUUUUGGGGCGUAGUCGAGUGCCAACAAUAUAACAAACUAACUAACUGUUACCGACCCUUUAGUGUGUGAGGUUAUGUACCUUGAUUAUCUCUGUAUCUCUUUUGUUUCAUCCAUUGUCUUUAUACCCGGAUAUUUGCUUGUUAGAUAUAUAAAGUAGCAUGUUUGAUCAAAA